AAGCGCCACAGGUGAUGCUUCCUGGAACCUCAAAUACUGUCCUUAGAGGCACCUACAUUCCCUUCAAUGAAUCAGACUACCUGAAGGUUGAUGUUACCAUCGAAGCCUUCCUGGGGAUACCGUUUGCUGAGCCACCCGUAGGAGAUCUGCGGUUCAAGAACCCAGUAAAGAAGGGUGGUCUAGGGAGGUUUUAUCUGGCAGACAGGGAUAGAUCAACGUGUCCUCAAGUGAAUAAAGGGGAAAAUGAAGACUGUCUUUACCUUGGAGUUCAUACAUCAUCACCACGGCCUAGCAGUGCCCCUGUAAUGGUUUGGUUACAUGGGGGUGCGUUCACACUCGGUGGAGGUACGUGGACAACCUAUGAUCCAGCUCUUGUAUUAAUUUUGCUUUCUUCAUUUUUCUCAUUCCAGCCUAGCAGUGCCCCUGUAAUGGUUUGGUUACAUGGGGGUGCGUUCACACUCGGGGGAGGUACGUGGACGGCCUACGAUCCGUAUCCUCUUAUCGCCAUCUCGCCCGACGUCGUCGUCGUCAAUGUCAACUACCGUCUCGGCGUGCUAGGCUUUCUCACCACAGGUGACAGUGCCUCCAUUGGUAAUUUCGGAAUGCUUGAUCAGGUGAUGGCUCUCCAAUGGGUCCAGGAAAACAUCGCGGCGUUUGGUGGUGAUCCUAGUAGGGUGACGAUCAUGGGGGAGAGCGCCGGGGCGGCCAGCGUUGGUCUUCAUCUCUUAUCCCCUCUUUCGCAAGGACUCUUUCACCAAGCCAUCAUGGAGAGUGGAAACGCCCUAUGUCCCUGGGCCGUUGAUACCAAUAUUGACAGACAGAUUGGAUUCACAAAUGAGAUCGCAGACAGGGUCAACUGUACCACUACCGACAACCAAGCCCUGGUCGAGUGCUUGAGAAAUACGGAUGUUAUUGUCUUGUUAAGGACACAGGCUCUGCUGGUUGGAAAAUAUCUGUUCAAUGAGCUCCUGUUCGUACCCGUGGUCGACGGCGCUUUCAUUCCCGACAUCCCGAUCGACAUGAUAAAACGAGAGGAGUUCCACAGCGUGCCAACCCUGCUCGGUACGAACGAAGAUGAGGGGACCCUUAUAGCCCUUCGUGCUAACCCGUUGUAUUUGAGAAGGAAGGACCCUCCUACCAUGACACUACAGGAGUUCAGAGAGUUUUUACCAGAUUAUCUCUACUACUAUACACCUUUACUUGCGUCGGCUGUCGAACAGUGGUAUAUUGACUGGACGGUAGCAGACGACUCGUCAGCAGAUCAGCUUGAAGCUUUCGUGCGUUUGAACACCGAUCAGGUAUUUUCGUGUCCAACUGAAAUAACGGCUCGUGCUUUGGAAGGAACUCAAGCCACAGUGUAUCGCUAUGAAAUGACCCAUGAUCCCUCUCGUUCAGUCGUGGGUGAAAGACCAGGAUGGUUGAGGGCGGGGCAUGGAGAGGAGCUGCAGUAUGUCUUCGGUUGGGGCAUCAAAAGCAGACGAAAUCAGACUCAGACGCACGAGGAGAAACUCAUGUCGAUACAAAUUAUGCGGUAUUGGACUAAUUUUAUCAAUAAUGGGGACCCUAACGACCCUGCUCCAACCAGUGAUCUUCCUGUCUGGCCAAGAUACACACUACCUGAUCAAGAAUACAAGAACUUGUCUCUGACAAUGGAAAACGGUCGAGCUAUGAGGAUGGACACAUGCUCUUUCUGGAUGGACUACGCUCCUUCCUUAUACAAUUAUGACAAUGAUUCUGGUGAUGCGAAUCAGGACGACUGGCAGCAAGACUACGAACAUUGGAGAGAUGUUAGCAUGGUAGAAUGGAGAGAAGUCUUUGAUGAUUAUGAGAACAAUAAUGACUGCAAUACUCCGUGAUCAAUGACCACGAUGGUUUCA